AUGGGUAAACACCUUGAUCCUGCAGCCAGUAAGUUCUCGCCGUCCGCUUCUCGGCAGAACAACGCGGCCCUUCAGGCAAGCAGUACUUCUUCAUAUCUCGACGCCCGUGUCCUGAACCUUGAAGAGAGGCACGCAGGCUUACAGGAGGAUGUCAUUGGUCUCAAAGAACUCUGUCACGCCCUCUCCUCCACCGUCGACAGGCUGAACAAACGUGACUUGCCAGUACACGCUGGUCCGUUCCGAACUGCCAGCGACAUUGAAGCAUCACUUCAAAACGCUAAAUGCUUUGGCAUAGAGUUGGAAAGGCUUAAAGAAGAGGCUCAUGGAUCGGUGAACAACAGUUCCGACAGUACAGCCAAGAAGUCGACUCCUCCCCAUUUGCGUAGGAACAGAGUUGAGUCUAGCAUUGGUGACAGUCCAAAACAGAGUCAAGCUGUUAUUGCACUUAUCGAUUCACAAGCUAAGCAGCAGCUGGUACCGGCGCCGACUCCUCGUCCUUCCCCCAAGAUCACCGUCCGAGGCGAAUCAGAGUCGUGGAAGCCUCACCAUAUCACCACCUUGGCCCCAUUAGCAGGCAACAUCCCAUGCGCAGAUGUCACAUUCCAUCCGGACUUCCUUGCAAACCAUCUGGGUGGCAUUCCUUGGUCACCAGGCCUACGGUUUGUUAAAGGCAAAGGCCCUUGCAUACUCAAGAACCGUACGUAUUACCAGCUCGACCUGGAAAAUGAGCCAUAUCUCCCUCAAGCACCUGGCAUGCACGGUGCCAAACUCACAGCAUUCUUCAACAAGGCUCCCGAAGAAGAGUUUGGCGGCCUUUUCGACGCUGACUCCAACUCGUACGAGAAUGUACCUAUGUUCGUCCUUGUCAACAAGCGUUACGUGUACUAUGGCAAUUACUCGCAGACCCGCUGGUCCGACAAGUUAGAUCAUGAAACUAUGGCGACUAAGGUUCCUGAGCGUGUCAAGAACUUCUGGGCCGAAGAGCUCGCUUCGCCGACAAGGGAAGAAUGGGUUACUGAGGAACUUAAGAAGCAUUUCUUCCGCAGGCCUGAGUAUAGCGGCCGUAUUUUUGCUGCCCCAGACAAAGAGACUACUGUCAACUCUGCCGAAGAUGCAAAGCUCACAGAGAAAAUGGUUAGAGACGUGCGCAAGUAUGUCGACGAGCUUCGCCAGUGGGAUCGUGAAGCCAGUAUGAAGACGGCCAUGAUUAAGAAGCAGUCCAUUCUUGACGCAUUCAAUGCGUCUGACAUGGACGAGACGCCUGCACUUCGUCUCUGGUGGGAGUACCUCGAGUGCGUCGACUGGAAGAAGGACUUCUAUGACCUCUUGGUAACUCUUCAGAAGCGCGAGGGACAGAAGUACGCCUAAGUAGCCAUCACAUUGCGUGCUAAGGUUGUUCGAGAGGUGUACAUCUGUCAAAGUGGAAUUGGUUUUAGUUCUUUGGCUGGAGGGGAUCGUUGAUGAAAUAUGGCGUUAAAGUAGGAUAUUCACUUCUCGCAUGUGAGCAUGAAGCAGCAUGGGUGAUACCCAGGUCCAGAACGGAGGCGAGGUGAGAAUCUUCUCCAUUCUUCUUGAGCAAUGGUCUGAGUAUCUUUGAUUUGGACAUCCUUGGG